GAGAGUGGUUUCAGUGAGAAGGCAAACACAAAGGUGCAGAUGUGUGCACAGUUGAUGUUGAGGACUCCAGCCUAGAGGAGAAGGAAGGAGGCAGAGGUAUCGACAGAAGAAUGGAAGACUUGGUUUUAAAACCACAGAAACUAAGGCUGAAUAUAUGAGAGAGAGAGAGAGAGAGAGAGAGAGAGAGAGAGAGAAGGGCGUGUCCAUGUAUGCACCACCCUCUACCUCCAUCAGAGCCGCAAUAGUGAGAUCUCUCCCUUACUCGCACACCCGCACCAUUCAAAAGUUCAAGCAAAGUCUCUCGGCUCCAACAGGCUUCCAGCCACCCGUGACAAACUCCACCCCAGGGCAGUGGACUCGUGCGCCCUCGACGCCUCUCUCUCUCUCUCUCUCUCCUCUCACUCACUCCCUCAUGCACUCACUCAUUCAGUCCAAAUCUCAACACCCUCGCUUGUCACCGGGGAGGACGCAGACAUACAGGAGAGCCCCUCCACCACAGCUCCUUUGCCCUCUGCCUCAGUCAGCCAGCAUGUGGAUUCUACUCCUUGGACUUACCUCUGGAUUCCUGGCCACUUCUUGGGCGGACACCAAUCAAGAGGUGAUGUUUCGGAGCUGCAGUUUUUGGGGUGUGUUCCAUAUUCAGGGUGCAAGUCGGUACUCCCUGGAUUUUGAGGAAGCCAAGGCAUUGUGUGAGAAAUUGGGAGCCACUCUGGCCAGUAAGAAUCAGAUGGAUGCUGCCUAUAAGAGUGGCAUGGAAACAUGCAGGUACGGUUGGACCGUUGAUGGAAAUAUUGGCAUUCUUCGCCACACAGCCAACUCUCUCUGUGCAGCAAACCUGACAGGUCAUUUCCACAUCAACAGUACGGACACCCACUUUGAUGCUUACUGCUAUGAUGGAACAGACCUGUCAGAGAAGAACUGCACAAUGACCUUCUCCCUUGAUUCCACUGCUCAGGAGGCUAGUCCUGCACUACUUCCCACUGUUGACUCAGAGAAAGCUGGUGGGCCUACCGCAGAAAAAGACUCGAGCCCAGCUCCGACUGUAUACUCCACUGUGGAGAUGCCGACGGCCAAGCCGUACAACACCGGUCUGUCCAGCACCGACAAAGCCGACAACGUCACGAGCCUGACGGACACGGCCGAGGCUGAUGGAGCCCCGGAGACAGAGGGUCCCACAGAGGCCAUGCCUUGGCAUCGGCAACCGGGGGCAUGGACGUCUAACAGCGGAGGCUCGGGUAUGGAAGAUGCAUUGACCACAGAAAUCCCGAGACUCACCAGCAGAGAUGAAUCGAGUCACCAUGAGGUCACAGACGCCCCAGCCGGGAAUACAGAGGAGAGGACUGUGUCAGAGGAUCCGGACCCUACAAAGAGUCCGAUGGCGGUGAAUGAAGCAGAUAUGGAUCCAUCCGGAAAGGACAAGUCAGUAAAUGGAGCAGCAGAUUGGCUGAUCAUUGUGUGUGUAGUCGUGGCUGUUGCUGCCAUUCUCCUAAUAUGCGCUGUCGUGGCAACAAGGAAAAGGUGGUGUGGCAGAAAGCAGACGCUGAUGAUCACGUCGAAGAGCAGCAGCGAGGGGAAUGGAGCAGCCGCCUCGGCGGGCAGCUCCCGUGCCCAGGAGAGGGAGCAGGAGAUGGUGACGCUCAUGAACAAGGAGAAAGUCCAGGAGAACGGCAACACGGAGGAGUUCACGGUCAUCACCCUGGAGGAGUCGCCUGAGAAAAAGGAGCAAGCGUGAGAGAGCAGAGGGAGAGAGCCGGGAGCAGGAGGGAAGAGGGGUCAGGGGGAUUGGGGUGGACCAGCAAGAGACGGAAGCAGGUGUUGCACAUUGGCAGAGUGAGUUAUCCACUUUGGUCUGGAAACGGAACAGACACUCUGUGUAAUAAAGUUAGGGCACGGCUAUAAGUGUAAGGCUUCUGUAAGGCUGUGAGUGAGACUUCUUAUGUCUUUUUAUGUGAUAAUACGUUCUGUCAAUGGUAAUGAUUCUUCUUCUAUAAUUUUUGCUCCCUAGUUGAAAAGGGACACCACACCAAUGUCUUAAACUAGAGAUGUAGACGAAUGGGAAAAUAAAGGUCUUCUCUGGAUUCCAACAAAUGGGGAGACUUUUGCCAAGCUUGAAGCUGUUGUCUUUCAAGCAUUGCUCUAUGUGUAGCUUGCCGUACAGGGUGAGAGGUGUCUUUCCAAAGUUAAUCUUCCAGAAACAUGAGGAGGCAGUUGGAGCUGAGUGCAAUCAUCAGCAGUUAAAACAGAUUCAUUUACAUGUGUGUAUGCAUGGAGUGUUGCAUACA